UAUAUAUAUAUAUAUAUAUAUAUAUUCGAAUAUGCGUUGGAUGAAUUGAAUUCUCUUCAAUUGGUUCAAAAUCCUUUUUUUGAAGAUGACAACCAAAUCUUUUCAUUUUUCCCACUUUAACUGCAUUGUUCUUGAAUUCCUAGACAUAAUACCAUAAUCUGAUUUUGGUGCUUCUUAUAUUCUGUGGAUGGUUCUUGGUUGUGAAGCUGUUCGAUUCUUUGCGGCAAUGAAGUGUUUCUAUUUCAAUAGUAAAGUGAAGAAUGGUGAACCAAAAACUACUAAGUCGGUUUCAAUGCAAUCUUCCACAUCUGUUUCCAUGACAACCGAAAACGAAAUGGGAAAAUCUGGGUCGGAGUCUAGUUCCAGGAAUGUCUCGGAUUUUAGCUCAAAUUCUUCCACCAAGAACUCGUUUGCUGUUAUGUCUCAAAGACAAAGUAAUCUCAGAGAGUUCAUGUUCUCGGAGUUGAAGACUGCAACAAAGAACUUUAGUCUAUCCCUGAUGAUUGGUGAAGGCGGGUUUGGUUGUGUUUAUAGGGGUACAAUCCGAAACUCAGAAGAUUCCCACAAGAAAAUCGACAUUGCUGUUAAACAGCUCAACCGAAGAGGGUUUCAGGGGCACAAAGAAUGGGUGACUGAAGUGAAUGUGUUAGGGGUAGUUGAGCACCAAAAUCUGGUGAAAUUAUUGGGUUACUGUGCAGAGGAUGAUGAAAGAGGAAUACAGAGACUACUGAUAUAUGAAUAUAUGCCCAACAGGAGUGUGCAGGAUCAUUUGUCAACUCGGUUUCAAACAACUCUUCCUUGGGCAACCAGGUUGACAAUCGCCCGGGAUGCUGCUCGAGGCUUAGCAUUCCUCCAUGAAGGAAUGGAUUUUCAGAUAAUCUUCAGAGAUUUCAAGUCGUCAAAUAUUCUUUUGGAUGAAAAUUGGAAUUCAAAGCUUUCAGAUUUCGGGUUAGCCAGAUUGGGACCUUCAGAUGGAUUAAGCCACGUCUCAACUGCAGUUGUGGGAACCAUUGGAUAUGCAGCGCCUGAGUACAUUCAAACCGGACGCCUCACGGUCAAAAGUGACGUUUGGAGCUAUGGAGUUUUCCUUUACGAACUCAUAACCGGAAGGUGUCCAUUGGAUAGGAACCGCCCCAAAGGUGAAGAAAAGCUCUUGGAAUGGGUCCGACCACACAUCUCCGAUCUAAAAAAGUUCAGGCUGAUCAUCGACCCUAGGCUCAAUGGCAAGUAUUCGAUCAAGUCAGCUCAUAAACUUGCUGCUGUGGCUAACAAAUGCUUGGCUCGUCAACCCAAACUACGUCCCAAAAUGAGUGAAGUUAUGGAAAUGGUGAACAUGAUUGUUGAAUCAAGUGAUAUGGUGAGCCCUCAAUUGGAUUCGAAGAGUUCGAAUAUAUCGAAAAGAGAUGGCUGGAAAAGAAGGUUUUUUGAUGUGAUAAGUGGGGAUAAUGGAUGUUUGAUUUGGCGAACAUGGUAGCCGAACAUUGUGAGAACUUGUUAACAGACCGUGGUUUGCAUUUGGUUGAAUUCUUACAAUCUUGGUAAAAACCAUUGAGAUAAGAUAUUUUUAUAUCUUCUAAAAAUUGAACUAUUUUUUCUCAA